UUGUUGCGCCGAGCCUCGUCAUCAGUCUUCUUGUAGGAAUGUAACUCAGUAUCGCUCAAAGGACACAGCGUGACUCCGUUACUUCUCUUUCUCGAUCUUCUCACUCACCUCCACAGCAAUUCAAUUUAGGAAACAAGGAAAAAGAGAGAAACAGGGAAGCCUAGCUUCACUAAACCACUGCCACGCUAUUUCAGCAUUAAAGUAAGCCUCUGCUUUGUGCAUUAGCUACAAGCUUCUUCAGAACUUGACUUACCUGCUAGUUUAUUAAAUUCAGCACCCUCAUCGGCUGAGUAGCAUAGAUUUCUGACUAAAUCUAGAAGGAGCUGAGAGUAGGCAUUUCUUUGCUUGCUUCAUUUUCGACCGAUCAAGGGACUUAUAGAUGAGAGGCUCUAUUGAGUUCUUACCCGAUUAUCUUCACGUCUGCUAGUCUUACCUAGCGUUACUCUCUCCCGGCUUGCGAAAUAGACACUGCCUAAGCCACAGCUUGACUACUGAACUCUUCUAGUUAGUAACCCUACUGGGACUAGAUUUUCUUUGCCGUGCAUGACACGCUAUAGAUAGAUAAACAAACACCACAGUCGAGCCUCGUUGUUCGUUGCUUAUAUAGUUGUUGACUGUUACUGACCGAUGGCUUCUUAAAAACUAAACCGCUUAAAACGCACAUCUAUUGGAGCUUAGGCGUCCUCUCGAGUAGUGUUCCAUCGAAGGUAUUGCGGACUGCCUCAUCUUGUUUUCAUAGAACAGUGCCUCCAACUCUUUCCGUCCUACUAGAAGAUAGCCAUCUGCUACUCACAUAAGAAAUUGCCGCUACACGCAUUAUAUUAUAAAAGCCUCAAAGUCUCUACCAGUCAGCAAUCAGCUUGGGGCGCGAUUAAUAGAUAGGAAGCAUCUCUGUCAUAUUUCUUAGGCACCACAGAACUCCUGGCGUAGUAUCUAUCACACCUGAUCACCAUCCUUUUAUACCCACCAUAAACGGGAGUCCUUGUCUUCCUGUAGGGUCACCGCACCACUUUGAUUCACUGAAAAUAAGUACUACCUCGCUGCUUUCUAUUCAAGUAUCAACUUCAUUACUUCAAUUUUGCGAGUCCUGGCAUUGAUUUCUUUGAUUUCGAUCUCCAUUCUAUUACUAUUGAUGCAUUAAGAUAUAACGACAUCCACAUCGAAGAACGAAGACAGAGAAUAGCUAAAUAAGCCUCACCUAGUCGAUACUAGUAGACUCACAGACGCACGCUUCUAAAUAAAAAACUUGAAACAAAAAGAUCAACUCACGAAGGUCAACACCACUGAGCUUAUUUCUGGUACACUCAAGUCGUGACUCUCAGUCCAAUAAUAACCCUUCUAAUCUAUUUAUUGAGAUUGACUGAUACUAUCGCGCUGGUCGUUUCGAUGGCCAGUUGAUGCGAAACAAAGGCUGCAGCAUUGAGUAUAUUUAUCUAUAAGAUUUAGAAUAGUUAAAAAGAGUGCAUACAGCCAGAAUUGAUACAGGUAAGAAGCGCCAGCGUUCCACCCAAAUUCCCACGCAUCAGAAGACUAAAAUGAACACGGAAUAUUACUUACUCAUCGCCUCACUCAUCGUGUGUUAUUUGCAUGGAUGGCAUCCCUCAGCACUGCCAGCAUUCAGAUAGCUUUCAUAAACGCUCGGCUUGUAAGUAACAGCAUUCCUACACACAGACUCAAUUCCUAUCGCCGUCUUAGCUCGUUGUAAACUAGUUAGGCCAUUUGAAAUAGCGUCUCCCCUACCUACUCAGCAGUAAGUAAAUAACAUUACGAAUUGAACAACCUAGCUUCUAUCUCUCCCUAGUAUCGAAAGCCCGUUUAUCUAUUGAAAAGUCUGCUCUUGGCACUAAGAUAGCCUCCACCAGAAAAUGUCGCCAAGUUCUAGCUCUUCGGGCAACAAGCCUGCAGGCAAGCAGCCUGCAACGUCCUCCACAACUAGAAGUGCAACAUUCAAUGUUGCUUCUCCCGGUCGAGAACGCACCGCCUCUCCUGGAAAGUACAACUACUCAAAUAUCUGCCCUCCCAUCUCUCGUCCUACAGCCAAGAAGAAAUCAAGAAUCCUACAAGCUACAGGAUCUGGACCUGCGCAAGCGAAAGCCCUUUUGUCCAGCUCCACACAAGGAGCAGGCACCGGGCGACGCGAGUUCAAGGAGUACGUGAAUGAUAAGAUUCGCUCGGUCCCGUGGCUCACCAACACCUGUAGAGCUGACUCCUCCUGGGUAAAAUCUGUAGCGGAUGUGUGCAUGCAGCACUUCAAAAAUCAUACGAAGUGCUCAAGGGAGCACUUCAUGACAGGCAAGUUUGAGCCGUUAUGGAAGGGGUGGCAAGAGAGCCAGGCUUUGCAGCAGAAUAGGACGAUCACAGCAACUGUGUCCAACGCACAGGGCGAAGCGGUGGAGGUCACAUUCGGCCAAGCAGGAGCUAACACUAAGAACAUCCAAUUACUACCAGAGCAGCGAGAGACUCUCAGUAGAGUGCGGCCAGGCCUCCAGAACCUGAAGAAAGGAGCUCAUUUGACUGCGUCGAAGCUCAAUAGCAUCCUCACGACCCCUCCAAUUAUUCCACUUACCCCAGAGGAGACAAAGCUGAUAAUUGUACUUGUAUGCUUUCUAUUAAACUUGUGCCGUAUGAGUAUAAAAUUCUCAAUACAUUGAGUCCCAUCAUUAGCUUUCGCACGGUGACAGCGGUCUUCCUAGUGAAGAUGGACGUGGUUUCUUUUAUCUUUUGUUCGGUAAAGACAUGCUGAUCCUUCCGUGGUAGUCUCAGUACUUUAAAAAACUCACUUUUCCCUACUUCCUUCUGUUUCAGGGAAAAACUCCGAAGCCCACGAAGUUUGAGGAGGACCACGGAACCACUUGGAUCGAACAGGCAUGCUUAUUGCCCCAGCUCCACGGACAUCUGGGGCCACUUCUUGCGCAGGAAAUCGGCAAGAACGCUUCUUGUUGGCUGGAAAUGUAUAUACAUAAAACGAAACUCUUUGUUCUUUCAACAACUCUUCUCCAAAUUCCAUUCAGCAUUGAUUUACCAUGCUUUGGCAUCUUUCUACCUGGUACGACAACUUGUUUCAUAUACAACUUCUUUAUAGGGUGUGGGGGUUUCUUCUAUCACGACACUCCAGGAAUUCGGACUUCUUGGAUUUGCUCACUGCGGCUGGCAAGGGGGAGCUACGCUACCCUGCAGAUAAUCCUGAUCCACUGCCCAAGGUUGAAAACGUUGCUCAUCUCGCGACUUUUUUGACCUACGUGAUCGAUGCCCACAACUAUAUCAAGUCUGGCCAGGUUAUGGAAGAGACGAAUGACGUCAACAACGUAGCCAAAGGCGACAACAGUGUGCGAGUUGGAGAUCUCCAGCUGGGCGCUGUCAGAGAGCCGAUUAUUCCUGGCCAGAGGGUGCAGAACGCAAUGACUGGCGUUUGGCUACCAGUCUGGAAGUGCUUCGAGUCCAUCGCUGCAAAAAUCGACUCAGUCAACACCGGCACCGAGCAUUUUCGGGAGACUUGUGCGAAGAUCGACGACAUCAAACGGUAUCAGGAGGACGUUGCAGACGCCGUUGAGGCACACGAUAACAAGAAUAGGCAAGUGCCCACUUCCCUGCUGGAGGAAGCAGUCAGUGACUUCGACACGAAGAUGCUGGGCACUUACACGCACGGCCCAGCGAUGUACGGCAGGGUCAUGGAAUACAUUUGGGAAAAGUAUUCUAUCUCUGUUCAUUUUCUCGCUUUUUGUUGAUUUUGGGAUUUUUGGUCUUGUAGAACCUGCAUCUCUCUGACAGUAGACGGGCAUCUUCUAUUUUAUCUAGUCAUUGUUAUUCCCAUCCUCACACGAAAUAAAGGUCUCACUUUUCUAGAUGACGUAUGCUUCCUCCACCUAGCCUUGUUCUUGACCUACCUAGAGCCAGGAGCCUACGCACUGGCUAACUCGUUAGUUUCGCGGCAAGCAGCUGCUGGACUCAUAAAUACUCACACUCACUCACAGGUGGCCGCAGCCAAUAGAAAUGCCCCAAGUAAUGAAGCAGAAUUAUGAAGACCUUCUUUAUAGUUCGCACAGUUCUAGUAUCUAUAUCGAUGCACUUUCCCAGUAGCUAGCGCAAGAACUUCAUGUAUAGGGGAUGACUCCUUUUUUUACUUGUCAACACAUUCACUUCUACUAACUUACUCUUCCUUACAAACUAGUGCCUCACCUGACUAGACCGCGCAUUUCUUACCAAUGAGUACUGGUUUUAGUAUAGACCCCUCAUCCCACAAGAACUCACUCUUUUCUUUCUUGAAGUGUCACUGCCUGGCGACAGCUCUCUUCCACCCGAGCGGUGAAACGCAGUUGCUUUGUCAGUCUCUAAAGUUCGUAUCCGAUGUGCCAGUACAUGCGCGAGGUCAAUUCUCUUGCGAAGCAGAGCUGCUUCCACCGAAAGAAGAGCCUCACUCUUAUGGUCUAUCAUCAAGAAUUCUACAAUUGCCUUUGUUGGUUUCCAACGCAUUACUUCUUCAAAAAACUAGGAACUCCCUGCCCCUCUCCUGCAAAAGCGAAGUCCUAGCUCCUCGCACAGAAACCUCCAGAGAUUUUUUAUUUUACAGCCCCGUAAAUAAUGCUCAGCAACGCACUCUCUGUCACUUUUUUUCCCUCUGGAGGAGUGUUCUGCUCUAAUGUUUCCGGAGUCGUAGCUGUAUUGAAGAAGGGGCGCCCGCUCAAGUUAAGACUGGUUUGGAAUUACAUGGAGGCCACAGUCACCAAGAAGGCCCUUCAUCAGUGAUGUGUUGUUUGUUCAUGGCUAUGAAGAUCAACAACUAUGAAACCUAGCAGGCGGCUGCGUAUGCAGGUUUGCUUCUCUUACGGAUUUCCCGCAGUGGAUUGUUCCUAUCCACCGUCCCCCUCACUCUAAUGAAAGCAAAGAAGCUGAUCGAUUUAGUUCGCAAGGAAGCAGAUGAGAAAGAAGCACUUUGCCAUGCUUUCUUGGAUCGAUUUGUGGGCGAGUGGGAUCGCGACCUCAUCGUGGAACUCCAGGAGGAAUGGUUGGAAAACAAUGACCUGACCGAACAUGGUCCAGAUGUGAUACAGCGACGUCUGGAGAAGGUAUUUGGGUUCAUUUUUAAGCAGUACGACCCACUCCCAACGAUUUGAUAACUGAAUUCCCACCAGUGUUUAUGUCCAUUUAUUAAAGCAAGGCGUACUGUUUUCAGUCUGUCACAUCAUAGCCAACGUCUUGCUUCUUUUGAUUUUCUCGCUAUAUGGAAACCGAACACCCACUGGCAUCGUCCAUAUAUAUAUAUAUACAUAUAUAUAUAUAGAUAUAAGUACAGACACACACACACACACGCGCAGGAAUAUUAUCAUUGUACAAAAAUCACCCCGCACUCAGAUCCAAUGGGCGAUCAAUAAAAACCACGAUAAGAAUUUAAGGCUGUUAAGUUUUCUAGUAAUGUUCUCUUUUCAUUUGUUCGUUACUUAGAACAGUCCAUCCUUGUGGGAAAAAGUCGCACCUUUUGCGUAUGUAUAAGAGGGAGAAAGGGGAAAUGUGUGAUCAGUAAUUAGUAGAGGCAUCCAUCGGGAGUCGCAGUGGUAACCACCAAUAGAGUUGUGCUUUUCUCUAACACGAGACUACUCUGAAGGCAUUGGAUUUCGAGCCCUCGAGUAUUACCAGUUUUCCAAUACUGGAGACAGUUGCGGCCCUCUAAAGCAUUCUAUCUUCAUGGUUCCCGCUGUUUUCUGUGCGUUUUUCCGUACUCAAUUGAAUGGAAAAGUAUAACAGAAACCAACAGGAUGGGGCCAAACAGGCAAGCCGUGAAUAGAUUGCAAACUCCUUCUAAAACAGACUGCGGCAAAUCAAAGAAAACCUGGACGCGUAUGAUCUGACAGGUAAGAUAGACCCUUCCUUUUCGUUUCCCCAGUCGCCACUCAUAGGCGCGAGAAAAAUCAAUCUCUUGUCUUUUCGUGUACUGACCCGAUGGAUGCUGCACCCUAGCAGUCACACUCUGUUAUAUAUUGAAUUUCUUUACUCUCUAUCCGAUAGAGCAUGACUACAGCAACCUUGUCCUCCUUUGAGACCUUUGUUUACAGACACCACGUUUUUUUUUUCGGUUGAAAAAAAAUGCCUCUCGGCAAUUCACGUAGUGCUCGAAUUUUCCGACCUACUGACUUCUUCAUGACCUCACUCACUAUGUAUCAGGAACGAGCUCUUAUCUUAGUCACGCUAUCGCGAAGUGGACUAUUCUCAAACCUUGGGUCACUGCCAAGCAGAAGCCUCUACUAGAUCAAGACGCUGUCGACAAACUGGAUCAGCGGAUUGAAGAGGCCGGGGCAAAGCAAUUGGCGGUUGAGGUAAAACUAGACAAGAAGAAGAGAGAGGAGGAACUUCAAACAAGCGUGGAAAUUCUCAAAGCACACAAGAAAGGUGAGAAAGCUACGGCGCAGGCAGAAAAGGCACCUUAUGUUUUGAUUUAUUAGUAUGCUGUUGAGAUCAGCAAACUAUCAAGCUACUCUCUCCCUGUAUCGAUUGGUCGUUCUAUCUUCAUUUAUCUGGUGCUGGUUUGUAGUCACUAGUGUCGUGCCUCGGUCUCCUCGUAGCACAUCUUUCUAUACCCUCUUCUAUCAUGUAUCUACCUACUGCACCUAUAUCAUCUCAUGUGAUGAAACCUAAUCUCUCAUCCUAUGUGUCUUAUUCCCCAUCCACAGGCUGCAGCGAACGCAGCCAAGAGAAUUAAAAGUCUAAAGGAAAGAGAUUAAGGCAUGACGUCUGUUUUUCCAUCACUUUCGCCUGCUUCUAGAUUCAUAGGUAAGUAUGCAGACAGCAACACGAAGCGUGAAAGUGUAUUUAUGCAAUACCUGUUACUUCUAAAAUUAAGCCAAGCAAGAAGCUUUGCAACUCGCCAGCGCCGGCGACUUGCAACCUCUGGCUAACGGUGACAUCGGGGGCCAGGAUAUGGUCAUAGAAACGUCAAAGCGCGGGGAUAAUCUGUUUCGCUUGGAAAUGGACGAUGAGGAUGCGCAGGAAGCCGAACUAGAUGGGUUUUUCCAUAGUCGGGGAAUGGGAGUGCUGCCUGCCGGUUCCACAUCUAGCACUACCAGCAAGCGCAACACGACGGGAGACUCGGAAACGAUCGGCUUUAGCAAGCGGAGGAGUGAUCUUCUACGAGAUUUUAACAACCCAGGAGAAGGCGAAGACGAUGAGAUCGAGAAGAACGAGACUGCCUUUGAUCAGAGGUACUUAUUGACAAGCAAAAUUACACUUAGUCGAUUUCCAUGCUGCCAUGCAUCAACUGGCUACUUAAGCAAAGAGAUACUCAGUUACUUGCGUUUCCCUUAUUGUAUCUAGGGUGCUGCUAUAUGAACUCAAUCCAAAUACAUCAUUACCUAAUUCAGCAAUGACGACCAGCAAGAAGAGCAGGGUGCCGGAGACGACAUGUUCGAUCCUGCGGACGAGUUCGAAAAGGCCGACGAGGAAGACUUUGCUGGCAGUCUUAGUUUGGAUGAUUUCGCGUUCGAUAAUGAGCAUGAACUUCAAGGCAACACUCCACCAGCAGACCCUGCUGCCGCUACCACUGGCAUCAACUACAGUUCUAAUGCUAGCCAGCACCUUUCCUCAACUUCUUCUACAGUAAGUAAUGCUGUCACUUCUCAGGCGCGCAAAACUGAAGGAGAACGCAACGCGCAAGGCUCGGCUGUUGCUCAAGUCAAGGAAAAAUCUCCAUCAUCUGAACAGACUACAACAAAGAAAGGAACUAAAAAGAAGGCACAGAAGGACUCUCAGUCCACUUCGACUGCUCGCACGAAGAAGAAUUACGAGUGGCGAGCAGCUGGCAUUGGUCCACAGCAGCUGCACACCCCCAUUUCGGUCUUCCACUUUCCUUGGAUGAUGGAUGACUGGUUUCUCUCUUGUAAGUUUAGCAACCUCAUCUCGACUAGGCGAGUAGUCCAGCUCACCUAUAUGGAGUACUGCUUCAAAAAUGGCGUCGUUCCGAAAACCCACGCGUCGGAGAACAACCCGGAAGGGCACGAGGGAGAGGACCUCCCCGUCAAGUUUUUUGCGUACUUGCACGAACUUGCGGAGGAGGCCAUCACGACCUGGAGUCACCUAGAAGACCCUGAAAAGCGGACGUCUGAAAUCCGAAAGAUGUUCGUUCAGAACAUGGAUCUUUACUGGCUGACUGUAGCCGAGAAGCACCUUCGUGGAGAAAUGGCGAUGAGUGAACAGGAGCACAAGUUCUGCGAAAAGCACAGCUACUUUGAACAUGUGUGCCAAGAUGACGAGCUGCUGACACGGCUGUGGAAAGACGGAAAGCAAAGCUCCUCAUCUGGAAACGAGGAGGCAUCUGGAAUUGCAUGCUCGACACAUCAGCAAGAGACUCCCAUUACCGCGCCGGCUGCGGAAACAGCUCAUGGGAAGUCCUCUGAAGACGCAAAAUCACCUAGCACCACCACCACCACAACAACUAUCAAUCCUAUCCAGGACCAGCUGCAACUACAACAAGAACAGCAGUCGCACUCUUUAGCCAUGAACUACAACAACCUGAGCCAGGAACCAAAUGCAAGACUGCAGAUGAUGCCCGAGCUGAACCUUACGACGGUGCGGAGAAACCUGCCUCCUAUCCCAGAAGGUGCUGAGGAAAGUGAAGGCGAUAAAGAGGGAGAACCUGCAGGCGAUGCCAAUUGUGAAGUCGGCGGCAGCUUGGAGAAGGACGCUCUACCGAUGACAACACGGACCAAUCACCAGGCGAAUUUAUGGCUUGCUAGAUGAGGACAAUUCAUUAACUUAUUAUAAAUAGUUGUAGCCAAGACGUCCUAAAUUACUCAGUCAGGCUACGGAUUGUCACUCAGACCCAGCUCAGUACCAGCGUCAUUCUAAACAUUUACUUUCUUUUUGUAGAUGAAUAUGUCGAAAAACGAAACUAAGGCUUGGCUGCCCAUUUUCGUUGUCAACUAGAACCUAGGACAUCUCAUAAAUUCCGUAUACAGAGGUGCCCACACACUUACAUUGAGGGGAGAGGCCCUCGCCUCUUUGUCUACGACGGCAAGACUUUACUUUCGGAUCCGUCGUUCUCUCACUCUCAUACUGUGUUGCCGAGGACGUAGACCCGAGUGCCGCUGCUGAGACACCUGGCCAGACCAAAAUCGUUGUGGAAGACGAGCAGGAAAAGGAGAUGUGCCGCCGUAGUGGUAAUGGCAAAGGCAAGAGGAAAGGCAAAGGGAAAGGAAAAAGGGCGAAAUCCAAGGACAGCACAUCUUCACAGGAACGUGGUACAGGCUCCGUCGGUUCCAGGAACAGUCUCACGCACGCCAAAUCUACUCCAAAGGGCAAAGCAAAGGCGAAGUCCGGGCCCGCGCCGAAAAAGCGAGGUCGUAAAGCAAAGGGCGGAGAACAGAGUGAACCUAUGGGCAUUUUUGCUCUCGUGAACAAGAGCAAGAAGCAACAGGAUCAGGAGCGAGAACAGGAGCAUGCAGCUGUAGACGAAGAAGACCAUCCUCCUGCUAAGAAACAGAAAACAACCAGCAAGGACAAGACGACGCCACCAGCUAAUAGAGGGAGUUCUUCAUCUUCAAAACACGCAACAGUUGAAGAAGAAGUGGAGGAAGAAGGCAUCAUCCCAUCUAGUUUCAAUGAUCGAAUUCUUCUUCGCCGGGCUUCGGCUCGCGGGUCCACAGACCAGACCGCCAACCAACAGGCGCAAGUCAGUGAAGAAAAGAACGCAAUGCUUGAAGCUGAUGAGGCUAAUCAGGAAGAAGAAGAUGACGAAGAAGACGAGCCUAUGUAUGGGGAGGAUAGUAUGCCUGAUCGUCUGAGGCAAGAGGACGAGGAGUCUGGUAUCCCAGACAAAAUGUGGUAA